AUGGAUCAAAGCCAGGACCCGUGGGAUCCAACGGGAAACAAUACCCAACAGUACGUUUCAAAUCAGCCAACAGCAACAACGCAAGCUUCAGGUGCAUCAGAGACGCCGAGCCGGCCGACAAGACCUACAUAUACACCUUCCACAUCUACUUCGUCGAUUCCUCAAUAUCAUGCUGGAAGCAGUGGAGAUCACUCGCAUCUGCCUAAAAUCAAUAGACGGCCGGUUGGAGCUUCGAAAACACCAUCCGAGUCUAGUAAUUCGCCCACAGGUACAGCGGAAACAGGAACCGGGACGACAGACUCACUCAUCGGUGGGCGCGCCGGGACUCCACAGGACGAAGAACAUUACGAAGGAUAUUACGAUUUCCCAGGCCAUUUCGGACCAGAUUUUCAACCUGCUACCACUCUAUAUCCCAGCCAGCCGGCUGGACCUAUCAGAAUUUCGUCGCCAUCUUUUGAUGCCGCGGGUAACCCGCAGUCGCCCGAUGAAAGUGAUCCGGAGGCCGGUCGCACCUCGAUAGCAGCCCUUGCUGCUGGUGUUAUAGGAGCCGGGGCAGCAAUGCAAGGCAAUAUCACACUAAAUCCUUCCGGUCAACCAUCGUUCUUGCAAACCGGAAACCCCGAUUCUGAGGUUAUCAGAAAACCAACUAUGGCUAGGAGGUUAUUUGAUCGCGGAAGCUCAACGCUGCAAAGGAUGAAGACAGGAGCGAAUAGGAAAUCAAAUCCUAUUGGAGAUGGUGCUUAUUUGAAGCUCCAAGAUCAAGACGAGGAAGAUGAAGAUUCUUCUUAUGGUGGGACAGGGUUUGAUGUUACGUCUUAUGAUAGUUUCCCGCUCUAUAACGACGACAAAGGGUCGGCUACAUCAUAUGGGAGCCGAGGAAUCGAGCUUCGUGGUCUUAAACAUCAGGGUAGUGCUAUAGAUCUGAGCGAUCACGAAAGGUCUUAUGCAAUCAGAAGCGGUGGAACAUUCUACGGACAGGAACUCGCCAUCCCAGUUGAUCUCGAUCCUCCAAACUGGCGUCCGUGGGAAAUGGACUGGCCAUACCUCACAUUCUUGAACCUUUUAAGUUUCGGUCUUGCAGGUGUAACAGAAUACCUGAUUCAAUUGUCGGACUCCAUAGGCGAGAAAGGUUUGAUCCAGUACAAAACAGCAAGGGAGGUCCCUAUCGACGAGUGGAUAGCUUGGAAAUACACACCAACGAUUGUGGGUGUGAUAUUCGGUGUUUUAUGGCAGGUUACAGACACUGAGGUGAAACGAAACGAGCCAUACUACCAAAUGUCAAGACCCAACGGUGCUAUCGCCAAAAACUCACUGAACGUUGAUUAUUUCGAAUUCCUUAGCUUCUUGACACCAUUCCAAGGAAUAAAGUACCGACAGUGGGCAGUAGCAUGCAGCGCCAUCUGCUACUUUAUAUCUUAUGCCAUCGUUCCAAAUUUGCUUGGAGCUCUGCUCGAUACCGAAGACCUGAGCGAUGAAGAAAAAGCGGGCGGUAAUGAGAAAUACCUACGAGUCGACUCUAGGUACGCUAGACCUCUAGAAGCAAUGUUUCUCGUCGUUGCUAUUGCCGGGGUGUGUCUACAAGUUCUUCUCAUGCGCCGUAAAAGCGGUCUCGUGGGUGAUGUCUCUGGUAUUGCGGGUAUUGCAGCUAUGGCCAACAAAUCCCAUAUUCUCAUGGACUUCAAGGGGCUUGACGAAGCCGACGAGAGACAAAUCCAUGACCAUCUCGCGAAACGCAGAUACCGACUUCAUAAAAUGUCCCUGUAUCUUGGUGCUGACGUUGCCAUGGCCGACCGCCCCGAGUUUCACGAGUCAAAACGGAAAAAGAUCAAGAAGGAAUCUCCAAAUCACCCCAUAUUCACCUUUCUUACUGCAAUCCCUUUCGCAGCUUUCCUCAUGUCCAUUCUGGCUAUCAUGCCAAUUCUUUCCUUCACCGAUGGUGGCAAACGUUUUAUCGACAAAGUUCCUUUUACCGCUACUUUCCUCGGUAUUCUUAUCAAAUCUAUUUGGGAGGUUCUCGACAAGCAACUUCGUAUCAUUCAACCUUUUCGCACACUUAGUCUUGGUAACGCGAUGCCGAAUGUCCUCACCCUUGACUACACCGGUACCAUUCCCGGGUGGGUCACCAUUAAAGCAAUACAAAAUCGCCACUGGCUUCUUGCUCUCGUAACAUUCAACUCCGUACUCAUCGAGAUAUUGACUGUUACAAUGGGUUCUUUCCUCAAUCGUUCAGCCGAUGAUGAGGAAACUGUCACUUCUAUCCGAGUCUCUUUCGCAUUGGCGACGGUAAUCUGUACUGGUCUCAUUGCAACUCUCUUCCUUACCGUCAAGCGCCGCAGAGUUCCAUUCCUCCCUAGACAAGCCGGAACAAUCGCGUCAGUUCUUACUUUCAUUCACCAAAGUAAGAUGGUUACAGAUUUCGAAUCCAUGGAGCAAUGGCCAACAUGGAAGAGAGAAGCUAAACUCAUGGAGAUCAACAAACGCUACGCGUUUGGUUGGUUCAGUGGCAGAGAUAAGCAGAUUCACCUGGGUAUUGAUCAAUGCCCGAUCAGCAGCAAGUAUGAGUAUGGAAAGGAUUACAAACAAGGAGUGGUCGCUACUGUUGGAGACUAUGAGUACUACUAA